GCGAUGGGCGACUCUCGGUCCCCCGCUGCUGUCCUCCUGCCUCUCCUCUGCUUCUGUGUCGCGCUUCCCGCCAGCGCCUCCAACAAAGCAAACAAGCACAAACCCUGGAUUGAAGCUGAGUACCAGGGCAUCAUCAUGGAGAAUGACAACACGGUGCUGCUCAACCCCCCACUCUUUGCGCUGGACAAGGACGCCCCGCUGCGCUAUGCAGGUGAAAUCUGUGGCUUCAGGAUCCAUGGGGCAGGGGUACCUUUUGAAGCUGUGAUACUGGACAAAGCUACAGGUGAGGGGCUGAUCCGAGCCAAGGAGCCAGUGGAUUGUGAAGCACAUAAGGAGCACACAUUCACCAUCCAGGCCUAUGACUGUGGAGAGGGGCCUGAUGGAGCAAAUACCAAGAAGUCACACAAGGCCACGGUGCACGUUCGAGUGAACGAUGUCAAUGAGUUUGCUCCUGUCUUCCUGGAGAAGCUGUACCACGUGGCGGUGACCGAGGGCAAGCUGUACGACCGCAUCUUGCGCGUGGAGGCCAUUGAUGGAGACUGCUCCCCACAGUACAGCCAGAUAUGCUACUAUGAGAUCUUGACCCCCAACAUUCCCUUCCUGAUUGACAAUGAUGGGAACAUUGAGAACACAGAGAAGCUGCAGUACAGUGGAGAUCGUCUCUACAAAUUCAAGGUGACAGCUUAUGACUGUGGAAAGAAGCGGUCUUCUAAUGAUGCUGAAGUGGAAAUCCAGGUGAAACCCACCUGCAAGCCCAGCUGGCAGGGAUGGAACAAGAGGAUUGAGUACACUCCAGGUGCAGGCAGCCUGGCACUCUUCCCCAGCAUUCACCUGGAGACCUGUGACGAGCCCCUGUGGAACAUCCAGGCCACAGUGGAGCUUCAGACAAACCAUGUGGCCAAGGGCUGUGACCGUGACAACUACUCGGAGAAGUCGCUGCGCAAACUCUGUGGUGCUGCCUCAGGAGAGAUUGACCUGCUGCCGGUGCCUAGCCCCACGGCCAACUGGACAGCACGGCUCUCGGUGCACUACAGCCAGGACAGCAGCCUCAUCUACUGGUUCAACGGCAGCCAGGCUGCCCAGGUGCCAGUGGUGACUGGGCUGGGUGCCCAGGCGGGACUGAGUGACCACUUCACCUUGUCUGUGUGGAUGAAGCACGCCGUGGUGCCCAGCAAGGGCAGGCGGGAAGAGGAGACGGUGAUCUGCAGCACGCUGCAGAGUGAGGAUGGCUAUUCCCACUACUCCCUGGCUGUGCAUGGCUGCCGGAUUGCUUUCCUCUACUGGCCGUUGCUGGAAAGUGCAAGGCCUGUGAAAUUCCUCUGGAAGCUUGAGCAGGUCUGUGAUGAUGAAUGGCACCACUAUGCCCUGAACCUGGAGUUCCCCACAGUCACACUCUAUGUGGAUGGUGUCUCUUACGACCCUGCCCUCAUCCAUGACAAUGGCCUCAUUCACCCUCCACGGCAGGAACCCCUGCUCAUGAUUGGAGCCUGCUGGACCGAUGAGAAAAACAAAGAGAAAAUGAAGGGAAAUGAGAACUUCACUGACGCUGUACAAGGAGAUCCUCUGUCGAUCCACCACUACUUCCAUGGUUACUUGGCUGGCUUCACUGUGCGCCCUGGUAGCUUGGAGAGCCGGGAGGUUAUUGAAUGCCUGUAUGCCUGCCGUGAGGGGCUUGAUUACAGUGACUUCGACAGUCUGGGCAAAGGCAUGAAGGUUCACGUGAACCCCUCUCAGUCCCAGCUCACCCUGGAAGGUGAUGAUGUGGAAACCUUCAACCAUGCUAUCCAGCACGUGGCCUACAUGAACUCCCUGCGCUUCGCUACCCCUGGUGUCCGGCCCCUCAGGCUCACCACUGCUGUCAAGUGUUUCAGUGAAGAGUCCUGUGUCACCAUUCCUGAUGUGGAAGGUUAUGUUGUGGUGCUACAGCCUGAUGCGCCCCAGAUCCUGUUGAGUGGCAAUACCCACUUUGCUCAUCCUGCUUCAGACUUGGAGGCUCCUGAUGGAGUCCCCCUCUUCCCCAACCUCCAGAUCACUUGCUCUAUUUCUCACCAGGUGGAGGCCAAGAAGGAUGAGAACUGGCAUGGUACCGUGACAGACACACGGAUGUCAGAUGAGAUUGUGCACAACCUGGAUGGCUGCGAGAUCUCGUUGGUAGGAGAUGACUUGGACCCAGAGAGGGAAUAUCUGCUCCUGGAUGGGGCACUGCUGCAGCAGCGGGGCCUGGAGCUUGUCAACACCUCUGCCUACCUCACCAUCUCAGGUGUGGAGAGCAUUGCAGUCUAUGAGGAAAUCCUGCACCAGGUCUCCUACCACAUCAACCACGGGGCUGCUCUCUAUGAAAGGAAGUUUCACCUGUCCUGCACUGAGAUGAACGGACGCUACUCCAGCAAUGAGUUCACUGUCGAGGUGAACGUCCUCCACAACACGAACCGAGCUGCUCAUCCCAACCACAUGCUGAGUUCCCAGCAGUUUGUGCACCGAGGCCAUCACUUAGCCCCAGAGCUGUCUGGGCACAGUCUGGCAAGCACCCACAACAACCCAAUGGUCCCCAAUGCUGCCACUGUCAUCAUUGUGGUGUGCGUGGGCUUCCUUGCACUCAUGGUGGUCCUGGGCAUCCUGCGCAUCCACUCCCUGCACCGGCGUGGAGCAGGCCAGGAGGGCCCUGAAGCUGUUGAGGGAGGGCACACCAGCACUGGAGGCAAAGAGAGUGACAUGUUCUGGGACGACUCAGCUCUCACCAUCAUCGUCAACCCCAUGGAGUCCUACGAGAGCUGCCAGGAGAGGGCAGCAGAGAGCGGCAAGGGCAGAGCUGGGGAGGGCCUGGAGGAGGAGGAGGACAGCACGGACUCGGAGACGCCCGACUCCCUGGACAGCAGUGACGCGGGUGACCGACACAUCCUGGGCAGAGGUGAUGGCUCUCGCUGCUACUAG